GUCGGCCACCUUCAAACGUGUAGCCCUUUUCCACGACAGAGCAAAGCUUGCGUCUCAGCACAUUGUUCCCCCCUCCCCCCCCCUCCAACGCACAAAUGGAGCGGAUGGCUUUCUUGCACCGUGUGCAGGCUGUGAUCGUUCUCGACAGCAACGAGAGCCGCGUCUUCACUAAGUACUUCGUGGGCGAGGACACGCCCGAGUCGUCCAAGGCGUUGGCGCCGCUGGAGAAGCAGCGCGCACUGGAGCACAACAUCUUCCAAGCGAUCCACGAUUUUCGUAAUCGCACCCACGUCACCUACGAGAGUGAGAUUCUCGUAGUGGACGGCCACGUGGUAGUCUUCCACGUGGGCGAAGAUGUCACGGUAAUCGUGAUGGGGGCGGGCAACGAAAACGAAUUGGUGUUAUGCAGUGUCUUGACGGGGCUUGUCGAUGCGCUGAAGCAGGAGUUGAACGUGCCGUCGUUGACGAAUCGCGUGCUUUUGGAGAACUACUGUGCGCUUCUCAUGACGGUCGACGAGAUGCUCGACGAAGGCAUCAUUCUAGAAACCGAAUCCGAAGCCAUAGCAACUUCGCUGGAGCCCUAUCUGAUCGACAAGAGCAACGAGACUGCCCGGGCAGCCAUUUCUAAAGUCAACAAGUAUCUCCAGGACAACUUGUAA